CACGCCGGCCGGCCGGAGUAUAUUGUAGGCAGUGGAGAUACAAUGUUGAACUCUGCUGGCCACCCUGAUACGCUGACAUUUAGAACAUUACGGUUCCUUUUGUCUGUCUGGUCUGAUCUUACACCGUCCGUACUCCAGCCGCGUUUACUCCCUCCCCCUUCCAGAUUCUUCAAGGCCACGAGGGCGCCAACACCAUGGUGGCGUUAGUGGAAGUGUAUCGGGAAGAAGAUGAAGCCUACCAGGAAUACGUUACCGUGGCAACCGCGUACUUCCAGUAUUUACUGAAGCCAUUUAGAGAGAUGCGAGAAGUUGCAGCUUUAUGUAAGCUUGACAUUUUGAAAUCCUUGGAUGAGGAUGAUCUGGGUCCUAAAAGGAUAGCAGCCCUGCAGAAGGAAGCCCAAGAAUGGACCAGGCAGGCUGAAGAAGCUGUCGUCACUAUUCAAGAUAUCACAGUGAAUUAUUUUAAAGAAACAGUAAAAGCAUUAGCAGGGAUGCAGAAACAGAUGGAACAGGAUGAGAGGAGAUUUGGCCAGGCUACCUGGGCCACGGCAGCGCCCAGGCUAGAAAGGCUCAAGCUGAUGUUAGCUCGGGAGACGCUGCAGCUCCUGAGAGCCAGAGAGUUGUGUUUAAAUCACCGAAGAGCUGAAAUUCAGGGAAAGAUGGAAGAUCUUCCAGAAGAAGAAAAAGACCCAGGUGUUGUAGACAAACUAGAGAUACAGUAUUACGAAGUUCAAUUAGACCUAUAUGAGGUUAAGUUCGAGAUAUUAAACUAUGAAGAAAUGCUACUCAUUACACAGUUGGAAUCUAUUAAAAGAGUUAUAAAAGAUAAACAGAAUGAAGUUGUCUAUUAUGACCCAUGUGAAAGUCCAGAGGAGCUUAAAGUCAGUGAACACAUAAUGGGGAUGCAGGAUGACAGGAAUCUGGGGGUGAGAGAGCUCCGUCGGCAGUGCCAGCAGCUGGAGCGUCAACGGGGCAGGAUCUGCACCCGGAGAGCCUACCUCAGGAACAGAAAGGAUCGAUGCAAAGAAAACCAUCGGCUCCGACUGCGACAGGCUGAGGAAAGUGAGAGAUAUUUUCAUCAGCACCACAGCAUUCAGAUGAAGAGAGACAAGAUUAAAGAGGAAGAGCAAAGGAAAAGCGAGUGGAUAAGCCAGGAGCGCCAGAAGACCCUGCAGCGACUGAGAGCGUUUAAAGAGCGAGGCCCAGCUCGGUGCGCCCCGAAGACCCGGAGCCCCGAGCGCCAGGCCCCAAACCCGCCGGGACGUGGCCGUACCUGCUCUGUUUGCUCUGUUACUUCAGGGUCCAUGGAUGAAGUGCUGGCCUCCUUAAGGCGAGACAGGACCCCGCUCCGGAAGGCGGACAUGCCCGCCUCUGCCCCUCCCCACGCCUCAGUCAACGAGCACAUCCUGGCUGCCAUAAGGCAGGGCGUCAAACUGAAGAAAGUGCACCCCGACCUUGGCCUGAGCCCCAGCAGCAAGCCAGCCAACGACCUGGAGACCAGCAUCAAGGCUGCGCUCCAGAGAAUCAAGAGGGUGUCGGCCGACUCAGAGGAAGAGGAGGAGGGGGAGGAGGGUCCCGGCGAGUGGGACCACUGAGCUCGCUCCAGGGCCUGUUCCAGAAAAGCCGAUGAGCAGGGCAGAGUGGCCACACGACCGCCGGGAGGCUGCAGGGCCGCGUGCAAUACCGCAGCUGCU